AUUCCCAACGCACGAAUUUUUAUCACAGAUUCAUAAAAUAGGGAUGAAGAUCUCUCGAUCGAUAAACGCGAAGAAAAGUUGAUUGUAGGAAUGUACGCGUAUUCGUUCACUUGAAACCGUCAUUAAUUGAAUGAAUGUUGAUUCCGACAGGUGCUUCUCUUGCGACCUUUCCCAAGUUUAUCGCUAUAAGAGUACGAAAACAUUGUUGAAGUGACUUUUAAGUGAUCAUUCUUAUUCAGGAACAGUUGAUUUGCCGAUAUUAAACAUCGCUAUUCUCAGUAUUGGAAUAUAAAAAUUUUGAUAUUCUUACAACGAAAGAAUUUCUAAAUAUGGCCAUUGAUAAUAAACGUCUAAGUAGUCAGUUGUAUUGCAUUAAAGGGGAACACACUAUCCAAUGCAGAUUAUUUUCAGUGAAGUUGACUCGUCUUCAAAUUUUGAAAAAAAUGGAAACCAAUUUGAAUCAUGUCGUGAUUUCCGUAUCUAUGCAGGGCUCACGACGAGUUCUCCGUUCUAACGAGAUCGCUUUGUCUUCAAAUGGCUUGAUUGACACUGAGCUUGAUCUUUCUUUCUCCCUCCAGUACCCUCACUUUCUAAAGCGGAGCCGCAACAACGUUCAGAUAAUGAUACAAAGACGAAAGCGAUACAAAGCGAGACCAAUACUUGGUUUUAAAACUUUGGCUCUUGGUCUUGUUAAUCUUUCUGAGAUCCUACAAUGUCCUGUUAGUGCUAAACGUCCUCUAAAUAUGUACACUAAAGAGGAAUCAACUAUUGUGGCUACUGUUACCAUGACAAACCUAACCAGUCAACCAGUAGAGAAUGAUCUUGAUCGUGAAAUACCUCAACAAACUUCUGACCGCGUUCUAGAGGAGAACUCGAGCUACGAGGAAGAUGAAUUUUACAGUUCAGAUGGUUCUGAUAGUGCAAAUGAAAUAGCUCCAGAAGUUCAGGAUAUUCUUAAUCCUGAUACGAAAGGAAGGAAAGUUAAGUUUCGACCAAAUCAAAUGAAAUUCAAGAAAAAGUUUAUCGCUCUCCUUAAGAAGUUCCGAGUUACCGAGGAGGAGGUGUUCGGUGAAAGUAGUCCACGCGAAGCGGAAGGUGCAGAGGACAUGAUGGCAGAUGAUGUGAUUUAUCCUGAAGACUUUGAUAGUGAUGGUGAAAGUGACAUUGAACUUGGGGAUACAGCAAGUAUCAAAUCACAGGACAAACCAAAGUUGAGACCUUAUUUUGAUCGCACUGCGUCGUUGGACAGUAUGUACGUGGAAAAAAAGACGAAACCGAGCAAUUUUAAGAAGGUGACGAGAUUUGACAGCGAAGAGUCAACGGAAGCUGAGCACAAUACUCAGGAGUUUGCUUCUCCACACUCGGACUCCGAGCCACAUUCAGACUCUCCUACAACAGAAACGCCACGUAAGCUGAAAACUGGCAGCCACACAAAACGUAGUUUCUCCGUCAAAGAAGUCAAGAAUAAAAACAAAGUGAAAUUGGAAAGAAGGAAAAGCGAUUUAGAAAUUCAAGAUAUUCCAGCAAAUUCCAUAUCUGAACAACUUGCCAUGUGCUUUCCAUGUGACAAUCAACUUCCUUCCAGCAUCUUAAUGAUUAAUACAGCGGAAUGGCAAGGACAGUUGUUAGCGUUGAAACUAAAGGACAAACAGGAAUCAAGAAUGAUUUGUACUAGUUCAGACUCUGAUGUACAAGAAGUUAUUGACGCCAUCUUGGUGAAAUAUCAGAAAUUCUGCCAUUCACACUCCAUAUCUCCUCCGUGUCUGAAGAUUGUCGUUGCUGCUACUGAAAGCUACAUUGGUGCUAUUCUAAAACCGUUUGUGGAACAAUUUUCUUCAAAACCAAUGUGGCAGACUUACGUACGAUUUCUCAUCGUUCCAUUAGACUGCAAUCAUUCUGUUGGAAAGUACAUCUCACACAUUGACUCAAGAUAUACGUCCUUGUUUAUGGAUAGUGUGUGGAGGGAUGUCUUUGAAAAACCUGAUUCAAAUGCUGAUUUCGAGACAGUGAAUCAAAGAAUUAAGACAUAUGUAAACGGAGCGAGCGUUACUCAUCAUCUACCAAUAGCAGAAGCACUUAUAAAAAGAGGAGUGAAUGAUGACGACUCUUCAAAAUUUAUCCCAUUUAUAGGCAUGGUGAGAAUUGGUUGUGCAGGUGAAAAUGAAGAAAUUGUGAAUACGAACACAACAUCACCAGGAUCAUUGCAACAUGUGAAAGAAAGCUCUUCUAUUACAAGCAACAACAUGACGAGUCCACCAAGUGAUUUAAAAGUUGGAAACAAUACCAGUCGAGAAUGGAGUCCACCAAGUGGAGCGGUUUGUAAUGAAUUGAUGGAAUUACAGAUUGAUUACUGGGCUGCUGGAGGAAAGAAAGACAGUAGUAAGUCCACACUGAAGACAGCAUUCAAAUCUUUGGUUGUUAGUCGAAAUAGCAACAUUGAAGAACAAGGAACUCUACAUAUGAUUGCGACGAUGAAAGAACAUGUACGCAAAGUGCACGCAAAGUCAGCGUUUGAAGCAAUGAUGAGAGGAAAGAAAUCAAAAGAAAAAGAUUUGGAAUCUACGAAAGGAACGAUAGUUGCCAAUGUCACCAAACUUGUUUGCACAUCCAAGUGUCAAAACGAUUUCUUAAACGUUGUGAUUGAUGGGGUUACUUGGGACGAUGUGAAGUUUUUCAGUCUUUCGCCUCAAUGGUCAAGACAUGUCAAAACAUUUCCCAUUGGUUUAAUCGGACCCAUAGAGUCGCGUUUCUAGCAAAAAAGUCAAAAUAAUUCGAUAUUCUCAUCACACAGAGCUGUUUUCACAGAGACUCAAAAUAUUCAUAUUUUUUAUGCUUUCAACAAAUGCAAUAAUUUGGAACAUGUAAAUAUGAAGAAUGUGUAAUGAAAAUUCAAAAUGAAAAUAAUACACAAAUAAGAUUAGCGAAAGACGUAA